GCGUGUGUACAAGAGCCGUGCUUGUGUGGUGGAUGAUGCCGUGAGCAUCCUUCGAGUGAAUCCCUGUGCAGCGAGUGGCACGCAGCCGAACGUCCACCGUGGUCGGCUGUGAAGUGCGCGUGAACAUGGUGCCCCUUCUAUUGUGCGCUCGGGCCUCCGUGGGCCAAGCCUCGUUGAGACAGGGCUAGUGUACGUACCCCCCCUCCACUUCGGACCAUUGAUUCGGCGGGCCUGUGGUUGUGAGACAAGAGAAGUCGGUGUCAGUUGCGAGUCGUGCCGCAGAGCCCUGGCGUGCGGCACCGCCAGCCGCCGCGCCGUCGGCGGUGUUUCGGUCGGCCCUCGCGUUGCUCGACCCGAAGCUGCGCGAUGAAUGCGGCUGCGACGUCGUUCCAAUGCCCGCUGCCGCCGCCGCAGCCAGGCGCCGUCGAAGCGAUCGUCGACGGGGAACGGUACGACGAGGACGACUCGGGCAGCGAAGACGACGUGAUCGACGUCCUGUCGGCCGACCACUGCACGGGCGAGCACAGCUACACGAUGCAGAUGCCGCCCAGCAUGCUACUCGAGGAAGAGAGGCGGCGAGUGUACGAAAGCCCAGAACUUCAAGCCGCGCGACGCCUCGUUGACUGGCUCGAUUCGCCGGCGUGCCGAAAGUAUAGCGCUCCGUUCCUCGAUCCCUUGGACAUCGAGCAGCGGCCCGCGUACUUGCGCGUCGUGCGCCAGCCCAUGUGUUUGAGCCGAGUGCGCGCCGGCCUGGACUCCCGGUCUUACGCCGGCAUCACCGAGGUUGUGCGCGACGUACGACUCAUCCUGGAGAACUGCUACCGCUUCUACGGGCCCCAGCACCACUUGACCAAAAAGGCACUGAGGCUCGAGACGGUGCUGGAACAGAAGCUGGCUCUUCUGCCCCGGGAGCUACGUGAAAAAACUACGCUCGAGGCCACCACGUUAGAGAACCGAGAUCUUGGUGCUCAGAGAGCGGGUCGGCGUGCCCGGCUCACGAGCCAGCUGCCCACGGGUGGCGAGAGUUCGGCACUGCUCCAGCUGGUCAAGGCGGAGAAGGCGGCGCAGGCGCGGGAGGAGCGUCUCAAGCAGCGCGAGGAGAGGCGGGUCGAGAAGGAGGUGGCCCAGCAGGCCAUCAUCGACUGGGAGAACAGCACCUUCGGCCCGGGACUGGCCGAACUUUCCCAUCACUGGGAGGUACCCCAGCUGUGCCAGUUCCUACGGUUGUCCCAGGAGCCCCUGCAGCUACCUGAUGUCACGAUAGCCGAGGUGGAGCGGUCCUUACUGAUGCCGAAAAAGAGCUCCCUGCUGUCCCUGCUCAUGACCUGCCUGCUGGUUGCGCCACAGCAGAGGCCCAAGACCCUGUUGCAGCACCCCAUGCCGUACCGAGUGUGGAACGAACGGCUAAGGUGUCGGCUCCAGAACUGGUACCGCACUUAUGUGGGGAGCCAGCGUAAUUUUCUCAAGGUUUUCGAGGCCCACGGUCUGGAAGAGCAGUUUUUCACCAUCAUGGGUGAGACAGACCCCAUGGAGAACAAGGACUUCCACGAACUGGACCUGCUGCAGAGGGUGUGGCUACUCAAGGCCCUGUGCGACCACAAGCUGGGCCAGCAUCGGCGCGUCCAAGAGUACAUGGCGGAGCAGGAAGCCGACAGGCUGCGCGAGGCGUUCCUUGGUGAGGACAGUGUCGGACGCCGCUACAUCCACUUCCCGUGCAUGGCGGAACCCAGAGUUUACCGCGUUCUACUACCCCAGCCACCUCCGACGCCGGAGAGGGAGCCCAGCCCGCCACCUCAGCCUACACCUAAAGCGUCACAUAAGUCGAAGAAGAAAGGCCGGCAACAGAGGAGUAGUUCCAGGAGAUCCUCGAGGCACAAAAAGGCAAAAGCGUCGGCAGCAGUGGCAGUAAAAGAGGAGUGUGAAGACGAAGAGCAGAAGAUGAACGAGAUGGACACGGAGGCGAAACCCGUGGAGUCGGAGCUCGUUGAGGGGAAGCCAGAGUCCGCGGAUGCGACGACGGCGUCCGGGGAGGAAAAAACAGCAUCCACGGAGGAAACGCCGACACCUGCAGACGCGGAGCCAGCACCCGCGGAUGCGGAACAGGCAGCCAAGGAGGAACCGACGUCGAAGGUUGAAGCGGAAGAGGCAAAGGAAGAGAAAGCACCGCCCGAUUUCGAAACCGUGGUGACCAGCGUCGCUGACUUGCGGGUUCUCAUUGCUUCCCUGACGGAGAGCAGCAGCAGCAACAGCAGCAAUAGUAAUGACAACGCUAUAGAUGAGAAGAGGCCAGCUACCAGAAGGGGAAGCGCCGAAGCAGCAAAGGUCGUGGAGGGCGCGGAGCAACUGCUGCUGGAGCAGCUGCAGAUCUUGCUGUCGGAGUGGGAGGCGGAGGAGGCGGCCUUCCAGCAGGCGGACGCAGCCCUGCGCACCCGACUCCACCGCGAAUGGCACCAACCCGACACCCAGGACAUCCACGGUAGUGAGGAUGCCGUGGACUCUUGGACGAUGCACUACAAGGACGAAUGCCUCGACGAGGAUUCUUCUUCCGACGAAAGUGUGAGCCAAGAGGAGUACAACGACAACGGCGACGAUCAGGAAGAGGAAGUUGACAUGCAAGAAGACGGCAAGGACAGCAGCGGGUGGCGCGUGCUACGAAAGCGCAAGAUUGCAUUGGCACUGCCCAACGGGCUAAGCAACUCUGACGAAGAAGUGGCCCCAAGCCAGCCGUCUAGCCAGCCCGCCGCCCAGCCUCCUAGCCAACCUAGCAAAGUGACCUGCUGUCAGGCCUCAACUCAGACUGUUAGUCCCAUUCCGACUCCGCCGAGGUCAGUUCCCGCUGUGUCUAGAGAACCAGUUGCAAAAGCGACCGUGCCCCACAUACUGGCCAGGAACUCGACGUCCACAAUGCUGUCCACCGUGACGCCUAGCUCCACGACGUGGAUCCGGCCAUUUGCGAGGUCACAGGUCAACCUUCCGAAACGACCGACGGAGCACCACAAGAGGCCGGCCGACCAGCCCAAACGACCGACCGAAGGUGCGCUCGCUGCUUGAGGCGGGCUACACGACUUUCUCGGAGCCCAGCCGUCCGUCCACGCCUCAGACGACCCAGGCUCCUGUCGUCACGGCGCCACAAGUCGUGCAAGAGCAAGUUGCAAUGCAGAACAUUUGUAAUGCAGAGCAAGUUGUAAUGCAGAAAGAGGAGAUGCAGGAACUCGCCUGUGGUUCAGGAAAGUGUGCCGGAGGCCCAGAGUUUUCCUCUGGCUAACGACGUGAUCAUGGAGGACAUCUGCCGGCAAGACCGAGAGCAGCGCCCCUCGCAGAAGGCUGUCCUGGUGCCGGCGGUGGACAAUAGCGGCCAGGAGAUCUUGUUACACGUGGAGUACACAACUCUCGACGAAGCCAGCCUCGGUAACAACCUCCAGUCGCUGCCACUGCCAACGGCGCCACCUGUGGGGCAGAGCUAUUCGACGACGAUGACAGCUGCACAGGAUUAUACUAGCGCGCUGUCAGGCAUGCAAAACAUUUCUGCUUCCUCGACAGUUAUGCAAAACCUUCAGAUGGCUCCACCAGUCGUGCAAAAUGUUCCCGUGGUGCAGUCGCUCAUGCAGGCACUGCCAGUUAGCACGUCGACCAUGAACAUCCCUUCCAUGCCAUCGCUUGUACAGACGCUGGCUUCAUCCGCCGAGGAUGUGUCCGCGGUAUCGUCCCUAGUGCAGACAAGUCCCGUAACUGCAUCCACCAUGGAACUUUCGGUGGCACCAUCGUUGAUGCAGACUCUUCCCGUGUCGUCGUCGGUUGUGCAGCCAAGCGUUCCCAUGCCAGCGUGCGUUCAGAAUCACCGGCGCGAGGGACCGAACGCGCGGAACCGCGCGCUGCCGUGGUGGAAGCAUUCGAACACGCCUUCGACGACGAAGAUCAAAGAGAUUCCACCGCUGGCACCCAUCGCGGCACCGCGGAAGAUCUUUAAAUCCCGCAACACAGCUGCCGUGUCAAACAACGUGUGCUCCGGCACGGACGGUGUGGUGGGUAUGGCGUCGAGCGGCGUGCACACUUCAAGGAGUGACACGUUCUUAUCGUCACAGCAGCAUCAGCAACUCAUUGGCUCUAAUGGGUCACAGCAACUCGUAUUUGUCGUUCCACAAAGUCCGCCGAAGCAGCAGCAGCAACAGCAGCAGGUGGUUCUACAGCAACCCGAAGUACCUGCCAUGUCGCAAGACAUGAUUGGCCAGCUUAUCCCCAUGGCGCAAGCACCGUCUGCCGACGAUUCGCAACAGGCCGCUACCACCAUGUUAUUGCAGGCAACAAUGCAGAACACUAUGCAGACGCCCAUUCUUCUCCUCACUAGUGACGGGCGUCUGCUUCAAGUGGUGCAGCAGCCCAGCUGACCGGGCGUCGUCACUCCAGCGUGCGGCUGCUCCUGGCUGCCGCCCGGCUACUUCCCGAGCCACCUGGGAUAAGUGCGUGUUGUAUAUAGUUGCGUGCCUCGCCAACAGUGCCUCUUGUGGUGGUGUGUGGACGUGCCGAGUGACUCACGCUUGCCAUUGCCACUGUUUGAAGCUGUUUUCGAGCCUUGACUCUUAGAAAUGUGCCGACCGCCAACACAUUAGCACAUUACAAGUGCCCUUGUUAAAAAAGUGUUGCAGUACUGUAAAGAGCAUCUUAACACCA